UACAUGGAAGCAGGAAACCACACCGAAGUCUCAGAAUUCCUCCUCUUGGGUCUCUCAGAGGAUCCUGAACUGCAGCCCCUGCUCUUUGGAGUGUUCCUGUCCAUGUACCUGAUCACUGUGCUUGGGAACCUGCUCAUAAUCCUAGCCAUCGGCACUGACUCCCACCUCCACACCCCCAUGUACUUCUUCCUCUCCAAUCUGUCAUUCGUAGACAUCUGCUUCAUCUCCACCACCAUCCCAAAGAUGCUAGUGAACAUCCAGACACAGAGCAAAGACAUUUCCUACAUGGGAUGUCUCACUCAAGUGUGUUUUUUUACAAUUUUUGUUGGACUGGACAAUUUCCUCCUGACCGUGAUGGCCUAUGACCGGUUUGUGGCCAUAUGCCACCCCCUGCACUACACAGUGAUCAUGAACCCACGCCUUUGUGGCCUCCUGGUUCUGAUAUCUUGGCUCAUCAUUUUCUGGAUAUCCUUGAUUCAUAUUCUGUUAAUAAUGAGGUUGACAUUCUGUAUAGGCACAGAAAUUCCACAUUUCUUCUGUGAACUGGCUCAGGUUCUCAAAUUAGCCUGCUCUGACACUCUAAUUAAUAACAUCUUUUUGUAUGUGACAACUGCCCUGCUGUGUGUGUUUCCUCUCACUGGAAUCCUCUUUUCCUACGCUCAUAUUGUCUCCUCCUUAAUGAAGAUGAAUUCUACUGAGGGAAAGUAUAAAGCAUUUUCCACCUGUGGGUCACACCUUUCAGUGGUCUCCUUAUUCUAUGGAACAGGCCUAGGGGUUUACCUGAGUUCUGCUGUGAUCCAUUCUUCCCAGAGAAACUCAAUCGCCUCAGUGAUGUAUACUGUGGUCACCCCCAUGCUGAACCCCUUCAUCUACAGCCUGAGGAACAAGGAUGUUAAGAGAGCCCUGGGAAGGCCCCUCAGCAGAGCAGCCUCUUGUCUGUGA